UCAAAUAGAUAUAAACGACAAUGGACUGUAAUAAAUAGUUAAAUAAUGUAUCAGGAAAUGGAAAUUUGAGCAAUUCGUUGGAAAAGCGAUAACAGUAACAAGUAAUUGCACAAGAAUACUAGAUCGAUUAUUCGGAUACAUAUAAUUUUAUUUCCAAUAAAAGAAUAUCUUUAAGAAUAUCUUUUGUUAUUAAUUUUAAUAAAUUGCCUAAUUAUCUUAAUUUCAAUUUCAAUCUCUUUCAGCAUUAUCGAUGUUAUCGACUCUGCCUGAGUAAAUCCCUGCCCGAGCUAAGUUAGAGCUCUCUGGCGGGAUUCGCUCACGCGAUCAUGUCGCGCAGUGUCAUACAUAUGAUAUGUUUGUGUAUGUUAGAUAUGCAUAUAUGUGAAUGCUCUCGUAGGAGUAGUUCGUUGGUUCAGCCAGCAUCCUCUUAAGUAUCUCGUUUAGUAUCUCGUUGGUAAUAAGAGUUGGCGAAGAGAAAAGAGUUUUUACGUAAAUCUCUUUACAGGAUCGCAAUCGGCGCGAUCGGUAAAGAAGUCGUACACGCGCGACUCGUCGAGCCGCAACUUCAAGGGGCACGGGAUCGCAAUCAUGAGAAUCGCCCAAAAUCGCGGGAAACGCGUCCUGCUUCAGGAGGUACGCGAGGUUCGUUCACAAUUCAUUAUUAUCACAAUAAUUAGGAUAGUCGACAGGGCGGAAAUCAGGAUUGUGUGAAAGUCUUGGCAGUGCGGAAGUCGACGUUUGUCCUCCGAACGAGGUAGACCUGGCCUAACGCGAGAGAGGUAACAACCCUCGAAACACGAGGCCUCCGCCACUGUGGUGCUAGCCGAUACCAAGAAUUAUUUUCGACGCGUGAGCCUUUGCCGCUGAAAUUCUGUGGUCCUCGCAUGCAGCCGUCGUUAAAGGAGCCGAUGCACUUUCAUGAUUCGUAACACUCGGAGCAUAAAAGUGUGAAAAUGCUCUAUUGAACGCAGAGUCAUGAAUGCUAUUAGCACAGAGGUCUGCGAGGCGUCCACGCUGGAUCGCGCAUCCCAAUCGGAGGCCGACAAUAAUACCAGGGCCUCGACCAGCGAGGAUGCGAGCAAUGACCGGGAAGGUUUGCAGGGCGAUUGUAAUGAAUUUCCGCCUGGCAAAAGCCGUUAUGGUAGAAUUAUAAAACGCAGAUCCACUAGCAAUGCUGUAGAUUUUUCACAGAAUUUGAGGCCAAAGACACGUAGACAAUUAUUAAAUUCCAUUGAUAAUACAGAUGAAAGUACAGAUGAAAUUCACGUAGCUAGUAAUAUCAAUGAAGCCAGCGAUUCUUCUAUCAUGUUGAAUGGUAUCGAGGAGAUUCCAUCUCCAAAAGCGAUUAGUCCUACAGUCGAAUGUUCUUGGAUAGUAGGGCAAUUAGCGUGGGCUAGAGUUGGUAAUUUUCCAUUCUGGCCCUGUAUGGUAACUGUUGAUCCAACUUCAAGGAUAUAUUAUAAAUUGAGAGUUGCACAUAAGACAUUUAUCAUGAUGGUACACGUUCAUUACUUUGGAGACAAAGGGCGUCACAGUUGGGCUUCGUCAAAUUGUAUGAUGCAAUUCACAAGUCUUGCCGACUUUUUGAAUUUAGCUGAUUCGCUGACAACGGAAAUAAAGAAAAAACCCAAAUACGCUGCCGCCUUUCUUAUAAAGUCGGGAAUAAAGUCAAAAUGGGACAAUGCCGUUGAAGAAGCUGCAAAGGCACAGCCAUUGACCACUGAAGAAAGAAUUGCGAUCUUUACAAAAAAACCUCAAGUCUCAAGGCGUAAAGAUACAAAAUCAUCUUUUGUUGUCGAUGAAAAAAAAAAAAGGAAACAUUCGAUUGAUCAGGAUGAACCAGAUGUCAAACGCGCUAAACAAGAUAAUGUAAGUAAUACGGAAAAGCCAGAAAUAUUGAAGUCACGUAAAUCAGAAUUAUCCAAGUUGAAAAAUUCGCGGAUUGUGAACGGUAAAAUUGAUUCAAAACUGAAUUCGGAAUCUUUGCCUUCGUCUCCUUCAAGCCACAAAAGUUUUUCCGAAAAUACAAAUACUAAAGCCUAUAAAAAUGAGGAGGAUGAAGAGAGUAUAUUCAAACUGUAUUACGAGGAUAACAAAAAUUUAUUAGAGAAUGAAUAUCCAGAUAUGCCAAAAGGCGAUAUUAAAAGAUACUUGCGAAAAACUUGGGACAAUAUGGACGCAGAGUAUCGGAAAAAACUCGGAUUACAUAUGACAAGCGAAGGUUCACAUUCGCACUCGAAAGAAAGCUCUCCGGAUGAAGACGAGGUGUCGAUAGAGAUUGAUACAACUAUGAAGGAAAAUAAAAAGACAAAAAGUAAGAUCGACAAAGAAGAAAAUACUGUUUCAGAAACAAAACGAAGUAGAUCCUACAAUCUCUUUAAAGGUAUGAAGCAAGAAAAAGUUUGUCAAAUUUGCGAGAAGACUGGCAAGCUAACGAGAUGUAAAGGACCUUGUUAUUCUUAUUUUCAUCUAUCAUGCGUGAAACCUGGUGAAUCUAGUCCAGAGCAUUCUGUCGAUGAGAAUACCUUGGAUGAUAGAUUACUUAAUGAUUUAAACAUAAUUAAGAGAAGUAUUAAUGGCGAGAAUGAAAACAAUGGUAAUUGCAAUGAUAAUUAUAAAUAUAUAAAAUAUAUUAGGUUACAGGUGAAUAAACCGGUGGGUAACGUCAAACCAACCGAAGUCGAGAGCAUCGUAGCGUGCGAAUGCGAUCCUGAGUGGGAUAAACCUUGCGCACCUGGUACGGAUUGUCUGAAUCGUAUACUAAUGGUUGAAUGUAGUCCUGGAAUCUGUCCAGCUGGAGCCAAAUGUAUGAAUCAGUCGUUUGUAUUGCGCCAGUAUCCGGCGAUGGAGCCAUUUCAUACCAUAGGUCGUGGAUGGGGCCUAAGAACUUUGGAAGAUAUCAAAGCAGGACAAUUUGUUAUUGAGUAUGUGGGAGAAAUUAUAGACGAUGCCGAAUACAAACGUAGAUUACAUCGGAAGAAAGAACUGAAGAAUGAGAAUUUCUAUUUUUUGACAAUCGAUAAUAAUAGAACGAUUGAUGCAGAACCGAAAGGAAAUUUAAGUCGAUUUAUGAAUCAUUCAUGUGCACCUAAUUGCGAAACGCAGAAAUGGACGGUAAAUGGAGAUACGCGUAUUGGCCUGUUUGCUUUGCGUGAUAUAGAAUCCGGAGAAGAACUGACGUUUAAUUACAAUUUGGCAUCAGAUGGAGAAACACGGAAAGCAUGUCUUUGCGGUGCACCGAAUUGUAGCGGUUUCAUCGGUCUAAAAGCACAGAAACAGUUGUCAACAUCACAAUCGGUCGUACAACUAAAAAAAAUCGAUAAGCCGAAACGAUACAGAAGAUGGAGAAAAUUUAUGUGUUGGCAGUGCGGCCAAGAGAUAACAUAUUCCAACAAGUUUAUUAUUUGCUCACAGAGAACAUGUAAUAAAAAAUAUCAUAGAACAUGCGUGAUAUUUGAUGAACUGGCAGAAUCAAAAUUCUGUUGUCCGUGGCAUUUUUGUUCGAAAUGCGGACGUCGAACAUCAGCACAUUGUUCAUUUUGCAGUACUGCCUUUUGUCAAGUUCAUCUUGAUGGUAACUUAUUCGAACGAGAGAGCGACAAGGGUGGCUUAGUAUGCAAGUUACAUGAAAACGCGGACGCACAAAAGACCGUUGAAGACGAGAAAGAAUUUUCAGAUAAUGAUAACGAAACAGAUAAAGAGUAUUCCUCGACAAGCUCCACUAGUCCGAUCGUAAUGGAAAAAAUUGCGACGCGAGAACCAUCACCAAGGGUUUCUAUCGUAGAGGUUCAUCUAAGCAGCGAAGAAAGUGAAGAAUCUCAGAAGGAGGAGGAAGAGAACAAUCUUGAGACUAAUUUUAUGUCAUGUGAUAAAAAUUCAAGGACAAAAGAGACACUCCAUAAAUCGAAGAAAGAGAAUCACGUGAAGGAAUUAAGUAAUCUUACAUCUAGUCAACUGGAAGCCAUAAUUGGCGUUAGCCUCUGCGAAUAAAUUUCUCCAUUUCUUAAUGAAAUUCAUUGUGCAUAUAGCAAAACUAAUGUUUAUUAAUAUGUAUGAUUCCGGACAAAUGUACAAUUAAAUA